AUGCUCCUUUACAAACGAAUUUUCAGGAAUGUCGCGCAUACGAUUGCCCACACCUUCCCCUUUGGGAACUUUGCUCGCACGCACAAUUGCAGCCUCCCAGAUGUCACCCAUGCCAUUAGCGCAGUGGUUCUAGCGCCGCUCCGACGGCCGCAUCUUCUGCUGAAAGAGAAUCUGUCAGUGUCGGAGUACAGCCAGAUUUUGAUUGCUGAGUGGAGGGCGCGCCAGCAAGAAAAACGGGCUUGCGUUACCGCGGACACGCCUGCCAGAUCCCAGGCCUCAGAGGGCACCCGAGAUUGGGUGGACGAGCCGGACAUCAGGCCGUGGAGAAGUGGCACGCCACGGUCACCGGUCAUCCGAACCGAAGUCGAGAUUGAUAUCUGGGGGGAUUACAUCCCGGUGGAGAAGUGGCAGGCCGGGCAUUUUCAGUGA